AUGUGUGGCAGAUAUGCUUUGGGCAUUCGAGCGGCCUUCGUUCGCCAUCAGCUACAAACACAUGACAUGCCCGUAGAAGAAGCACCAGAAGACGACGAAGUGCGUGAGACCUACAAUUUCGCGCCUGGCUAUCAUGGGCUAGUCUACAGAGCCGAUGUACCUGACUGGGGCGCUGGUGGUGCUCCCCAGGAUGCCGAACAAAAUGGAGCACACGCUGAGCAGCGUGACGAUGCUGGAGAGGGAAGCACCACCUUGUCUGCGACAGUGGCACAACAAGAUGCUCCAGGAGAGACAAGGUACAAACUACAGAAGAUGAAGUGGGGCCUGGUACCAUUCUGGACUAAGCGUAAUCCCGAUUACAAGAGCCUCAUGAGAUCGAUCAAUGCUCGAGACGACUCUCUGGCGGCCAAAGGUGGUAUGUGGCAGACGAUGAAGCAGAAAAAGCGUUGCAUAGUCGUCGCUCAAGGUUUCUACGAAUGGCUGAAAAAGGACAACGGCAAGCAAAAGAUCCCACAUUUCACCAAACGCAAAGACGGCCAGCUCAUGCUCUUUGCGGGUCUUUGGGAUUGCGUCAAAUACGAGGAUACCAGUGAGAAGAAUUAUACAUAUACCAUAAUCACAACGGAUUCCAAUGAGCAGCUCUCAUUCCUGCAUGAUCGAAUGCCAGUCAUUCUUGAGAAUGGAUCUGACCAAAUCAGGACGUGGCUAGAUCCAAAGCGGGUCGAGUGGUCGAAAGAGUUGCAGUCACUUCUCAAACCGUUCAAAGGAGAGCUCGAGUGCUACCCUGUGAGUAGUGAAGUGGGUAAGGCUGGAAACAAUUCCCCACAAUUCAUCGUCCCUGUGACCAGCUCCGAGAAUAAAAAUAACAUAGCGAAUUUCUUUGGUGGAGCAAAGAAGGACAUUAAAGGCGGUGUGGAGAGGAUAGACUUGAAGGUCGAAAAGGAGGAAGCAAAACAUUUCGGCAAUUCUAUAAAACAAGAAGCCGAUGAGACGCGGCAAACGAUCGACCAUAGUUCGACCGAAGAUAACGCACCGCUGCCAGUCCCUGCAUCAAUGCCAUCGAUAGGCAUCAAGAGAGAACACAGCGAAGACGACAAAGAAGGCCCCAAGACGAAGGCAAUUAAAAAACAAGACGCGGCCACUCGGAUGAAAUCUCCGCCAACGUCGCCUAGCAAGAAGACGAGAAGCGCAACCAGUAAUCUGACUGCGAAAGCCAGCCCUACCAAGGCAGAUGGCAGCCAGAAGAUCACGAAUUUCCUCAAAAAAUGA